AUGGCUCGACAAAGAUCGGUAGCACCUUUCCUAACUGUGUUGCAAUCAAGGAUAAGACAACCUCAGUUUUUCUGGUUUCUUGGGCAUUUUAUGGUUCUUUACCAUGGUCUAAAGAUUCAUCUGCGGUUGUUUGGUGUUAAAAACACCCAGUACCACUACAGGUGCUGCCUGGCGUAUCUAACCGUCACAUAUGGUAUAGUGUUAUACCAGUUUGUAAAAAGUGGACAACUCGAUUUUCAGUUUGCAACCAUACGAAGAAGGCUACUAGAACUUGAUACAUUACAAUAUUUUGUGCUUCUCACAUCGUUGUACAUUUUGUCAUAUGGGGGUUUUAUAGACUUGAACAUCCUCAACUCUUUGCAUAUUUAUUCAUUUUUCCACUGCCUUAACUAUUUCAAGGAGAACUUACUGCCAUUUAUCUCGUUGAUACCGGUACAGACUAGAACAACUCUGAAUCAAAGUAUUACAUUCUUCAUUGAAAGCAGCAAUAGACUAUGUCUUCGUAUUGCCCAUGAUUUCGAGAUGUCAUGUGUGUUCAUGCUAAGUGUACGUGCUAUAUUCUAUGCGUUAUCUGCACCUCUAUACCCAACAAAGUGUCGGUUAAUCGGUGCCUUAAUCUAUAUUUGGUUUUUCAAAUUGAGAUAUAUCCAAAAUGAACAACUGAGGAAAGAUGUGGAUGACAAGAUCGCAAUGGUGGAAAAGGCUCCAUUUAUGAUCCAGAAUCCCCAAUUGCAACAUUUGUGGUUUUCAGUGAAGAAUACAUAUUUGUAUGUUCUAAAGGCAAUGCCUGUUUAA